ACUGCAAAGAGUCCGCAGGACAACACAUGUGGUAAAAGAAGAAAAAUAGCUAAAGACAUGUCCCUUUAUUGUUUAAAGUAUGAUUAAAACAUUUUGUAUGAAUGCCAUUAUUUUGGUAGUAAAUAAAUCAAAAACAGUUGCCAGUAAAAGGGCAACAACUAAAGGAACAAAAACACUAGUAACAAGGAUACCCACCUACAAAACUACUACAACUUAUCGUCGUAGGCACUACUACCAGCAGCAAUACUAUCACAAAGACAAGAGCAACACCAACACCAGUAAAUAUAUAAAGUAUUGUUUUUAUGUUUUUUUUAACACAAAACAUAACCACAUUAAUAUAUUCAACUGGAAUAAAGGAAUCAGAGUGUAACUGAGCAGAAACAUUGGCUGCCAUCAUACGUUGCAAAAAUAUAUUUUAAAAAUAGAUAGCCUAAAGCAGCACGCCUUCUACGACAUCAACGAUAAGGACACCAACACAAAAAAGUAGAAUAAAAUAAAGAACAGGAAUCAGAGGAAAAGACAUUACAUACACACAUUCUCUCUCUGACGUUUCCAUUGUGAUAUCAUAAUAAUGUCCAGCCAUUCGGGGACAAUUGGCCGCAAACGUGGUGGCAGUGGUAGUGGCGGAAGUGAAUAUUAUUUUAGUGGCGGCGAACAUGCCAUACGACGUCAACGUUCAGCUGAAUGGCACAGCAGACAUGCUUACAACAGCAGCAGUGAGGAUGAAUAUCAGAAUACGGGUCAAGCAUCAGCAUUCGAUACGCAAUUGUUGGCACAGCUGUUAUUGCAAAGUCAGCAAUUGGCAAAUCUCGAUCGUUAUAAUUCUGACUUUGAAAAUGAAGAACACUUAUCUUCACGACUGAAUGAAUAUCCCUCCUCAUCGAAUCGUGAUGCCUCAUUAAAUGCCAAUGCCGCCAGCCAAUCCUAUUUACAGCAUCUACAGCAGCAAGAGAGCACCGAACUGUGUUCACCGCUGAAACAAACACCAACUGCCAAUUUGCAUACGCCCACAACUGUAACCACAACCACAACUGCCAAUAAUAAAUUUCUAAAUAAUGCCAAUUUAGGGUUUCUACCCUCAACAACUCGCAGUACAAAUCCAUUUCUUAAUUCCAAAUAUGAUUCACAAUCAAAUUCUGACUCACUUAGUGAUCGCAUAUCGUUUUCGGGUAGUUCGGCUAUACUGGAUCGUUUGCAAACCGCCAAUGACUUUGCAGCGGUAACAAAUCCCACAACCGUUCAAUCCGUUAUGAAUAAUGCAUUCUUAAUGCCCGCUAGUUCGACGGCGAAUAGUUUAAAUCCGAAUUCAACGCGUUCACAUCGUUCGAAAUCGGGUCGUUCGGGUGGUAAUCGUGGUGCCAGUGGCAUGACUUCAUCUAGCAGUGCUACGUCUUCCAAUAGUAAUGCAACCUUAAAUAAUACACGUAAUGAACGUGAUAAAUUUAAGUUGCAGCAACUCCAAAUGGAAUUGCGUGAAUAUUCAGAAUCGAACAUAGAAAGCUCAAAUGCUUCCAUAUUAAAUGGGGUUGGUGUGACUGGUGUCGGUGGUGAAUUGGAUGAGUUGCAUAUAUCGGAUGGUGAAAACACUGAACCACCACCAGAGCCAGCACCACCAGAAAUUCCACCACGUACUCAGUCGCUUUUAAUGUCGCUGCGCAAACAUUCGGAGUAUAAAUUGAAAUAUGAGGAAAAAGGCGACCAAAAACAUGAGGAAUUUAUACCAACAAGUCAAUUGCAACAGUUACAACAACAGCCGCAAGUUCUUCAGCAGCAAAAGGAUUAUUUAAUUGCUGAUGCAACAGUACGUUGCAGUGAAAGUCAAUCUAAGUCAAUUGCAUCCAACAGUGAUACGCAGAGUCAGCAGGGAUUGGGUCCUAUGCCACAACACCAACAACAAAUGCCACAAAGUAUGUCAACGGGUAAUAAUACGAUUGGCGGUCACGGUGGUCAUGAUCGUGGCGGUGGUGGUGGCGGUAUACCAGGUGGUAGUAUACCCGGUACUAUGAAUGGUCCCAAUGGUCCCCACUGUCAGAUGAGCGGUUCACAGCCGUUGGUUAUGCCACAAUUUCCAUUGCGUAAUUCACACUCAGCGCAUGCACCACAUUAUUCACCAUACUCACCUUCCAGGUUUCACAUAGAUAAACGUUGUCAACAUCGUUGUUCCUGGAAAUGUUUGAGUAUCGCCUUAAUUUUAAUAUCAGUCGUCCUAACAGCCAUGUUGGCAUAUUUUGCAGCUGUAAGCUCUAUGAAACCCAACAUGGAUACAACAAAUUGCAUCCUAGUCCAAGAUGUUAAGUCGCAACCACAUGAUUUACAUGGCAAUACAAAAACAAAUCUACUUAAUGGCAAUAGUUUACAACCCACAGCAUACCCAACAGAAGAAUCAAUACAAACCAGUACCUCGGAUCACAGUUCCAGUACUAAUGGUGGCGGUGGUGGUUUUCAAAAUUUGGCACCCUCUUUGCAAUUGCAACAUCAACAGCAGCUGUUGUUGCAACAACAACAGCCACAUACCAUUAAUCAACAAUUGAAUUUGGGCAUUAAUACAAACAUUGGCGGUAGUGGUGGCAUAGGCAUGGGUAUGGGUGCUGGUCUAAUGGGUCAAGAUGCCACCUCCCAUCUGCAGGACCAAUCGUAUACGGCACAGCAACAACAGCAAUUGAAUCAUCAUCAUCAGCCGUUGCUUAAGUGGCCACAAGUUGUCGAACUAAAGGAUUUCAAUGAACUGUAUCAUGCCAAUAUACCAGCUUAUCAAUUCUGGACUUUGGAAUUCCGUAAUAAACAUCCCGCCUUUGUGCGCUUCAAUUUUACAUUGCCGUGGGGUGCCAACUUUGCUGUUUAUUCGCGACGCAAUGUUGCACCAUCGGUAACACAAUACGAUUUUGUUGAAUUUAUUAAAGGUGGUCGUUUGGACAGUCAUUUAAGGCAUAGACGCAGUGUCAUUGCUAAUGACACUCAAUAUCGUCGCAAAAAUAUGGAAGAUACUGGUGAUAUAUUACUCGAUAUGUCUGCCGAGCAAUUGCAACGUUUGUCUGCCAACGAUAUGGCCUACAUGGCGACGCGACAUUACUUUAAUGACAUGGACAAUGAUAACAAUAAUAACGACGAUAUGGAUGAUAUUGAAGCCGCUGAGGGCGACGAUGAUGAAGAGGAUGUGGAUAAUGAGGAUAAUGAUUCAGUGGAUUCAUCAUUUGAAUAUACAGGAGAUAUUGAAACACCCUUAGAUACCGCCAAACAUAUAAGAUAUCGCCAGCAACAACAGCAACAAAGACGUAGAAAACGUUCAGCGGCUGGCAUGGAUGGUGGUUUGCCAGCCUUAGAUAUGGAUACUAUGAUGGUGAAUGUUUCGCUGUUGCAAUAUUUAGAUACUGGUCUUUGGUUUAUUUCGGUUUACAAUGAUGAAUUAGUCUCACACUCGGCCACUUUAAUUGUGGAGGAGGCAGAAGGCGUUAGCACCACUUGUCCCAAUGAUUGCUCCGGUCGUGGUAGUUGUUAUUUGGGCAAAUGUGAUUGUAUUGAUGGCUAUCAAGGUUCAGAUUGUUCAAAAAGCGUCUGUCCAGUUUUAUGCUCAGCUCAUGGUCACUACGGCGGUGGUGUGUGUCAUUGUGAGGAGGGUUGGAAGGGUUCGGAAUGUGAUAUACCUGUAGGUGAAUGUGAAGUACCAAAUUGUUCGAGUCAUGGUCGUUGCAUUGAAGGUGAAUGCCAUUGUGAACGUGGCUGGAAGGGACCUUUUUGUGAUCAACAUGAUUGUUUAGACCCCUUGUGUUCGAGUCAUGGCACCUGUGUGGCUGGUCAAUGUUAUUGUAAGGCUGGCUGGCAGGGUGAAGAUUGUGGUACCAUUGAUCAGCAAGUUUAUCAAUGUUUACCCGGAUGCUCAGAGCAUGGUACAUACGAUUUAGAGACAGGUCAAUGUGUUUGUGAAAGACAUUGGACAGGACCAGAUUGUUCACAAGCUGUCUGCAGUUUAGAUUGCGGUCCCAAUGGUGUUUGUGAAUCUGGCAAAUGUCGCUGUAAUCCCGGCUGGACUGGAAAUCUUUGCGAUCAAUUGCCCUGUGAUGCCAGAUGCUCCGAACAUGGCCAAUGUAAAAAUGGCACAUGUGUGUGCUCACAAGGAUGGAAUGGCAGACAUUGCACAUUGCCUGGUUGUGAAAAUGGUUGCUCACGUCAUGGUCAAUGCACUUUGGAAAAUGGCGAAUAUCGUUGUGAUUGUAUUGAAGGUUGGGCUGGUACAGAUUGUUCAAUUGCAUUGGAAAUGAAUUGCAAGGAUAAUAUUGAUAAUGAUGGUGAUGGUAUGACAGAUUGUUCGGACAGUGAAUGUUGCUCACAUCCGGCUUGUUCGGAACACAUUAUGUGCCUGUCAUCUAAUGAUCCCGUCGAAGUGCUGUUGCGCAAACAACCACCCUCGGUAACAGCAUCAUUCUAUCAACGUGUCAAAUUUUUGAUUGAAGAGAAUUCUGUACAAUCGUAUGCCCAUAUGGAUGAAUACAGUGAAAAUCUCUUCUGGAGCUCAUUUACACCUUGCCGUGUAUCGGUAAUGCGUGGUCAAGUGAUAACUCCUCAAGGUUUGGGUAUUGUUGGCAUACGAGUAUCUGUGGAUAGAGAUUCAAGAUUUGGAUUUACUUUGACACGGCAAGGAGGGUGGUUUGAUGUCCUAGUUAACGGUGGUGGUGCUGUGACAUUACAAUUUCAACGUUCACCGUUCCGUCCCUUAACACGUACCGUAUUUGUGCCCUGGAAUCGUAUUGUGGUCUUGCCACCCGUGCAAAUGCAGUUAAGCGAUGAUGAUGAAAGUGCCAGCAGAAAUAUAAAAGUGGCACCUUUAAAUCCCGCCUUAACCUUCCUCAAUUCGAUUUUGUAUCACUUCAACGAUGAGCCUAUCAGUGAUGCUCAUAAAAUCUGUAUGGAACAUGAUCAUGAAGAAUUAAAACCACAAUUAAUUAGCACAUGGAUGCCAAAUGGCAUAGGAGCAAUGUCGGGUAAACGUGUUAUAUUUGCCGAGACACAGAUCGUUCAAGAAUCUAUCCAAAUCCCCGGUUCCGAUCUUCAUCUGACCUAUCAAUCUUCGCAAGCUUCUGGUUAUCUCAGCAUUGUGCGCAUGCGUUUGACAUCAGAGAAAAUACCCAAAACUUUAACACACGUACAUGUGGGUGUUGAAAUCGAAGGUUCUCUACAUGUGAAAACCUAUGAAGCUGAUCCCAAUCUUAUACACACUUUCGCCUGGAACAAACGUAAUGUCUAUAGACAAAAAGUUUACGGAGUCACCAUUGCACGCAUCUCUGUGGGUUAUCAACAUUCGACAUGUGAUACCCCAGUAUGGAUUACCCAAACCGCCAAACUACAAGGUUAUGAUGUGGAUAUUUCCGAUAUUGGUGGUUGGGGUUUGGAUAUCCAUCAUCACUACAACUUCCAUGAGGGUAUAUUACAAAAGGGUGACGGUAGUACUUUACAUAUGAAGGAGUAUCCUCGCACCGUAAAGGUAGUAAUGGGUACUGGUCUACAGAGACCUUUGAAUUGUCCAGAUCAUUGUAAUGGUAUUGCCAAGGAUGCUAAGCUGUUAACCCCAAUAGCUUUAGCUUCAGGUCCCGAUGGUAGUUUGUAUGUAGGAGAUUUUAAUCUAGUGCGACGCAUUACCCCCGAUGGCAAGGUUUAUACCAUCUUACAAUUGUCGGCUACACAAGUGUCUUAUCAAUAUUAUUUGGCAGUAUCACCGGCUGAUGGUCAUUUGUAUAUCUCAGAUCCCGAAAGACAUCAGAUACUACGUUUACUUAGAUUGGAAAAAGUUAAAGAUCCUUCAAUUAACAGUGAACCAGUGGUGGGUUCUGGACAACGUUGUAUACCCGGUGAUGAGGGUAAUUGUGGAGAUGGUGGUCCAGCUUUACAGGCUAGACUUUCACAUCCUAAAGGUUUGGCUAUAGCUGCUGAUAGGACCAUGUACAUAGCGGAUGGUACCAAUAUUAGGGCUGUCGAUCCUAAGGGUAUUAUUCACACCUUAAUAGGUCAUCAUGGACAUCAUAAUCACUGGAGUCCUGCCCCUUGCUCGGGCACUUUGAUGGCUAAUCAGGCUCAAUUGCAAUGGCCAACUGGUUUAGCUUUAAGUCCUCUCGAUGGUUCUUUACAUUUCAUAGAUGAUCGUUUGGUCUUACGUUUAACAUCUGACAUGAAGAUACGUGUGGUGGCUGGUACUCCACUACACUGCAGCAACAGUGGUCAGGAUAAGGCCAAUAAAACGACAGACAAUGUUUUGGGUACAGUGUUGGCCAUGGCUUUCUCACCAUUUGGUGACUUGUAUAUAGCUGACAGUGACUCGAGACGUGUUAAUUCCAUAAGAGUGGUAGAUACUUCCGGUAAUAUGAGAUACUUUGCAGGAAAACAAGAAAAUGCUGGAGCCUUAACAUGUGACUGCACAAAUGGUGCUGGCCUCAAUGCUUCAACAUCCGGCUUAAAUUCUAACAUUGGCUCAUCCCAUGGCUCAAUUGGUGGUGGUAGUGUUGGUGCCUAUUCUACAACAACAAAUCCUACACGUAAUAAUGGUGGCACAACUCCCACAACACCAUCGGGUAGUAAUGGAUUCAACGGAAACGGAAAUGGCGGUUUCAAUGGCAACAGUGCGUCGUCCUCAUCAUCGUCUGCUUCGAACUCAGCCAACAUGGCUGGUGGGUGUAUUUGUUCACCAUCCUCACCCUCUGGAUUAGCUGGUAUUGUAUCGGGUAAUCUUAUGUCUACGGGACCUACGACAACAACCACCGUUCUAUUGGGUGCUAAAACAACAACAGCUGGUGGUUUAGGCUCUACUUUGGGUUCGGCUGGCACAAUGAACGAUGAUGGCACGUUGAGUAAUGCUGAAACACUAUUGUCAUCAAAUGCACGUUUUCAGGCAAUUUCAGCAAUUGCGGUUGCCCAGGAUGGCGUUAUUAAUGUGGCUGAUCAAGGUUCUCUACAUGUCUUGGCUUUGGAACACUAUCUACCCUCACACGAUGAAAAUGGUGAAUUCCAUAUACCAUAUCCACCAACCAGUGAGGUUUAUGUCUUCAAUCGUUAUGGACAACAUGUGGCUACCAAAGAUUUGGCCUCAGGCAAAACACGCUAUAGUUUCCUAUAUUCCAAAAAUACCUCAUUUGGUCGCUUAUCAACAGUAACAGAUGCUUCCGGCAAUAAGAUACAAUUCCUAAGAGACUACAGCAAUGUUGUAAGCUCGAUCGAAAAUACACAAGAUCAUAAGUCAGAUAUACAAAUCAAUGGUAUUGGCAUAAUGACCAAAUUGACAGAAAAGGGCAGACAAGAAAUUGAAUUAGACUAUGACAGUAAUACUGGUCUACUGAACUCUAGAUCAUCGGGUGGUGAAACCUACAUCUAUCAAUAUGAUGAAUUUGGUCGUGUUACUGGUAUGAUUUUGCCAAGUGGUGAAAUUGUUAGAAUCACCUCACAAUUGGCUGAUAACAAGGGCUUGACCGUUUAUGUUCAUGCUUCGGUGGAGUCUUUGUUCUCACGCGAGAAGGGAGAUACUAAUGAAUUAUUAGUCUUGGGUGGUGUGAGAUCUACUUUCAUGAAGAAGGGUCAAGAGAAUGCUAAUGCUGAAAUAAAGCCCAACAACACCUUAGUCAUACAUAGUUCAAAUGGCGUCAUAGUGGAAUCUUCAGCUGUAGCCCGUCAUCCAUUACUAGAAGCCGCUCUACCUGUAGAAGCAGAAAUGUUAGCCAUGUGGUCUCAUCAAAGUGUUACCAUGGGUGAAGGUUUAACCAACAAUAUGUAUUCCGUUUACAAUUUGGUGGGAGAUGUACGCAAUCCUCAACAAACAUUGAAUAGAGAAAUAUGGGUUAAUCAAUCGAGAGUUAUUGGUGUAGAAUUUGAUCAGUUUACUAAUCGAGAAACCUUCUAUGAUAUGAACCGCACUCCUAUUUUGAUAGUGGCCUACGAUCAGUCGGGUUUGCCUAAAUCAUACUACCCUACCAAUGGUUAUCCUGUUAAUAUGACUUAUGAUCGUUUCAAUCGUAUUGAGGGAUGGGCUUGGGGUCCUGCUGAAUUGAAAUAUUCCUAUGACAGACAUGGUUUACUCUCGGAAAUUACCUCACAACAAGAUGGUAUUAUUUCGUUUGUUUAUAAUGACUGGAAUUUGGUAUCCGAAAUUGGUUUGGCUUCACAGCGCAAAUUUGUUUUGCAAUAUGAUGAAUCAGGAGGCUUGAGACAUGUUACUUUACCUUCCGGUACUAAACAUUCCUUCAGUAUGCAGACUUCCAUUGGUUUCAUCAGAAAUACAUAUACUCCUCCUGGUAGUACUAAACCUUAUCUACAACAUUAUAGUCAUUCGGGUGCUUUGCUGCAGACCAUAUUCCCUGGUGAUGGUGCUCGUAUUGUUUAUCGUUAUAAUGCUGCUGGUCAGUUGACGGAAAUUGUCCAUGGUGAUGGUAAAAGUGAGUUUAUUUAUAAUGAGGCUACCGCUAUGCCUUCUACGGUAUCUCACACUGAACGAGAAUUGGAAUAUAGAUGGGACUUUGAAUAUACCGGAGGUUUAUUGAGCGAAGAACGCAUUGAUUUUAUAGCCAAGACUGGUUUAAGUAAUGCCAAGUUUACCUAUGAAUAUGACACCGAUUUCCGUGUUAUUUCUAUACAAGGACGCAUUGGUGGCCAAAACUUGCCAGCACAAAACUUUGCUUAUGAUAUGCGCACUGGUCAACCCAGCAUGAUUGGCCAGUUCAAACUCAUGCAUCCUUUGUUGAAUCAAACUCAAGUUUAUGAUGGCACUGCCAGUUUUACACGCACUGUCGAUGGCCGUUUCAUGACACAGAAAGUCACCUUGGCCAUACAUCGUUUGGAAGUCUUUCGCAUGGAAUAUUCAUUUGGUGUCCACGGACGCAUAACUCAGACUAGAACCUACACCAGAAAUAUGGCUGUCAAUACCUAUACAAAUGUCAAGAAUUAUACCUGGGAUUGUGAUGGUCAACUGAUAGGAGUAGAGGCUCAAGAACCUUGGGGCUUCCGUUAUGAUGACAAUGGUAAUUUAUUGUCGUUAACUUAUCGCGGUAAUACCAUACCCAUGGAAUACAACAACCAAGAUCGUAUCGUCAAGUUUGGUGAGGGUCAAUAUAAAUAUGAUACCCGAGGUCUAGUGGCUCAAAAUGCUCGAGAAGAGAGGUUCUACUAUAAUACACAAGGUUUGCUGGUUCGAGCCACCAAGAGAGGACGUUUCGAUGUGCGCUACUACUAUGAUCAUUUGAAACGUUUGGCCACACGUAAAGAUAACUUUGGCAAUGUUACACAAUUCUUCUAUAAUAAUCAACAAAGACCCUAUGAAGUUUCCCAAAUCUAUUCACCCAGAGAUGGCAAAUUAAUGUCUUUAACUUAUGAUGAUGUGGGUCAUUUAAUUUAUGCCCAGGUUUAUAGACACAAAUACUAUGUAGCUACCGAUCAAAGUGGUACUCCUAUCAUGAUCUUCAAUCAAUAUGGAGAAGGUAUCAGAGAAAUUAUGCGUUCACCAUUUGGCCAUAUAGUCUACGAUUCCAAUCCCUAUUUGUAUUUGCCUAUAGAUUUUUGUGGCGGAAUACUGGAUCAAGUGACCACCUUAGUGCAUAUGGCAGAUGGUCGUGUUUAUGAUCCCUUAAUAGGCCAAUGGAUGACUCCCAAUUGGGAAAAUGUUAAAGAACGUAUAACUACUCCCACCAAAAUGCAUUUGUACAGAUUUAAUGGCAAUGAUCCCAUCAAUGUGGGUCAUGAUCGCAAUUAUCCCGCCACCUUCAAAGAUUGGAUGAAAACCAUAGGUUUCAAUGUGGAAAAUUUGGUGCCUCAGCUAAGUCGCAAUCUAUGGGAGCAACCUUCAUUAUGGGGUAGAGCGCCCUAUAAUCCUAUAGCAUUGGACCUUAAGAAACCCAUGUAUAAUGUACCCACCAUGGCAGUAGAAAGUGGUUUCUUAGCUCAUUUGAAUAUACGCCGUAUGUCUAACUUUGAGGACUUGAAUUCACCGCCCAAAUCAGCUUUGAAAUACGAUGUUAUGACUCCAGGACCGAGAAAUAUAGGUUCUGAUACAGAACCUCCUUUUGGAAAGGGAAUUGUGGUGUCUAGAACUGCAGAUGGUCAAGCCAUAGUAUCCAGUGUGCCAGCAGCAAAUGCAAUCUAUAGAGAUGUUUAUACCUCUGUCUUUAAUAGAUCCAAAUUGCUACCGUUUACCUUUGUGGUUCAUAAUGCCCAACAAGAUUCCUUCUUCUUUGUUAAGGAAGAACUUUGGCGAGCCAGUGAAGAUCGCCAGCAACUAAAACGUUUGCAGGGACAAGUCAAUACCACUUUCCAUGAAAUCACAAGAGAAAAUGGCAGUGGCACCAACUAUCUAGAUGUGAAAAUCCAUGGUCUGCAUGCCAUUAUUAAUUUACGCUAUGGCACUACUGUUGAGAAAGAGAAGCAAAGACUUAUGCAUCAUGCUAAACUGACAGCAGUGCGUAAAGCUUGGCAUAGAGAGAAGGAAGCCUUAAAAACUGGACUAAAUACAGAAAUUGAAUGGAGUCAGCAAGAGAUUGACGAAAUCCUAAAACAAAACUAUGCCAAUAACUAUGAAGGAGAAUACAUACACGAUGUGACUCUUUAUCCAGAACUAGCCGAAGAUCCUUAUAAUAUAAAAUUCGUAAAAAGAAAAGGAGCAACCGGAGGAGCAGCCGGUGUACCCAAUGCACGCAAACGCAGAAGAAGAAGUAUACUUAAAGAUGAUGAAGAUAUAACAAUUAUUAAAACAGAAAUCAAACAAUUAAAACAGACGUCAACACAUGAUAAUGAUGAUAACGUGGAAAAUGUUAAACAACAAUCACAAUCAACAAGUGAGGCAGACAAGGAAAAACAACAGAAAAACACUAGUAAAGGUGUUGUGGCAACAUCAAAUACAUAUGAAUGCUCGCAACACCAUAAAUGUUAGCUUAAAUUUUAAAACUUUAUAUUAUAAAACUAUAAACAAAAAAACCUAAAAAAAAUCACAAAAAUAAUUUUGUUAUAAAUAUAAUAAUAAAACAAGAAAAAUCCUUUAAAAUUAGUUAAGUUUUCAAAAUGAAAUGAAGCAAAACAAAAAACCAACACAAUGAUUAAUUUAUAAUUUUCUAAUUAUAAUCUAUAAUCUAAAAAAAAAAAAGAAACCAAGGGGAAGCUCUUAAUACAUAAGGAAGACGAUAAUGAUACUGAUGAAAAAAGAUGACAGAAAUAUCCUUAAAAAUUUAUAAAUAUUUAUGGUUUUUAUUUAAAUUAAGUUUUAAUUUCUAUCUGUGUAUAGUAGUGAAUAAAUAAUUAUGUAAUAUUAAUAUUAUAUAGUAAUAUAUAAAUAUAAAUUAUAAAUAUAAUAUAUAAAACAAAAAAAUAUUUAUUUACCCUUUAAACAAAACAAGAAUUUAGCGAUUAAGUAAUUUAGUUAUUAGUAAUAAUAAUAAAUUAAAAAAAAUAAAAAAUAAAUAAACUAAAUAUUAUUUAUAAGUAUAAAACUCUUGAUAUAAACUUUAAGACAGAUGAGCAAAGUAAAACCCAUUAAAUAUUAAAGUUUCGAUUUGUUUUUCUUUUUCUUCUUUCAAGUAAAACAAAGAAGAUAUAAGAAAAAUAAAUUAUUAUUAAGUAAUAGCAGUGAUUAUUAGUAUCUAGUUUAUUUUUGUAAUUUUUUUCUCUCCUAUUUUGUAUGUAUAUUGUAAAUGUAUUUUAAAAAUUUUUGUUAUAAAAUUAAAAGAAAAGACUUUUUUCCAAAAUCAAAAUAUAAACGUUUUUAUUUUUAUUCUAUUUUUCUAAUUGGUAAUAAAAGAAAUAAAGCAAUCAUGGCACUUGAUAUAGGUGAAUGACUUGCUUGAUUUGUAGUUUUAUAUCAGCACUGAUUAUUAAACUCUCUAUUCUAUUAUGAGCUUAAUAGAAUAUUCUGAUUAGUUUAUUUUAAAAACGAUUAAAAAUUAAACUUAUAUUUGCAAUUUAGAUAGGAAAAGAACAAAGCUUUCUAAUUAUAUAUAAUUUUUUUAGUCAGUUUUCAUUUUUUUCUAUUAUGAGGUUAGUUUUUACAACUUUUUCUCUUGAGUCAUAAACAUUUCAUUAAAAAUUUCUAAAGAAUGUUUUAUUGUGAAUAAGAGUAGUUAUUAAUUAUUUAACUGAAUUAACUAAUAAUUAUAAAGGAUAUUAAGCUUUUUUAUAACCUUUUCACAGAUUCUAUUAUAAUGGAGUUUUUGCUAUAUUUUGCAGCAUAGUUUUAGGCGCUUUAUUUAAAAAUAUUUGACAAAUUAGUUGAUGUAUCUUUUUGAAUAAGUUUAAGCAUUUGAAUUUGAAGGGAAUACAGUUUUUAGAAUUGUACAAAUUUGGUACGUUGUUUCGGAAAUUGUAGGAAAAUGUAGUUGUUAAUGGACAUUCUUUAGAAGGACCCUAAUCAACAUAUUAUGGUAAAUCUAAAAAAUUGAUUGAAAAAUUGCAAAAAUUCCAGAUUUUUUUAUUUAAAAAAGUUUGAUUUCUGAAAACUUAUAUUGUUGUCUUUUAGGCUGCUAACUAGUUGUUUAAAUUGUUGCAUACUUAUGACUUUCAAGUGUCACAUAAUGACGAAAAAUGUAUUGCUGUCAUUUAGGUUAUUAACACUAUUAUAUUGACAUCAUAUAAAAGGCCUUCAUUUUAGAUGAAAAAAAAAAAACAGAUUUGCUAAACUAAAUAUACUCUCUUAUCAUUUUAGUGUUUAGCAGAAAAAAAACAUUUAAUUUUAUAUAAAUAUUAACUGGCAAAAAAGGCACAAUACGAGUUCUUGUAAAAAAUGCUAUUUUCCGGAAAUUAAUAUUGCUCUUGUUUAGGCGGACAUUUAAUAAUUUAAAAUGCUGUAUAUUUAUGAAUUUCAAAUUGUCAUACAAGAAACAAAUAAAAAUAUAUGGCUGUAUUUAACACAUUGAUAUCAUACAAUUAGAAAUUCUCAUUUCAGAUAACUUUGUUAACUUUUUUAAAUUUACAAAAAUACUAAUAAUUACUGCCAUUACAAUUAAAAAUACAUUUUAGUUGAAACAUACCCAAAUUAAGAAGAACAAAAACAAAAAAACUGAUUAUAAUAAAACGUUUGAAAGCAGAACGUUCUUUUAUUUGUGGUACUCGAGCUUUUUGAGACUGGCGUAGUUUUUAAAAAACACAAUUUAAAAAAUAAA